AUGUACUAUAAAGUGGCUGAUCAAAUCAAAGCGGAACAUGCGUACUUUGUCAACAAUUGUGAAGACAACGGUGAAUCAUUCUCCUACAGUUUGUCAAAGUUCCAACACGAGGAUAGAGUGUACAACGUUCAUUACCACCCACAAGAGGAGACAUUCACCUGUCACUGCUUGCUUUUUGAGACAGACGGCUAUCCAUGUAGACAUAUUUGGGCUGUAAUGAAAUACCGUCAUAUGAAGAUAGUACCACAGUCUCUCCUGCUGAAACGGUGGAGUAAGAAUGCAAAAGCAGACCUCCCCCUCGAACUAAAGCAACAGUUAUUUGAAAUGGCUAGGCAGGCAUCCCUCGCUUUCGAUACAAACUUGUUGAGUUAUUACGCUUCCAAGUCUGAGCAAUCUUACACCAAAGCGAAACAAGAAGUGGCAACACUAACUGCAAUGUUCAAGGAUGCAGUUCCAUUGGAAUCAAACACCGGUGACAAUGACUCGGGACGAUAUCAAACCUAUCAAGAAAAUGAAAACAUUACCAGGGACCCAACACCUUGUAGAACUAAAGGAUCCGCCUAUGCAAGAAACAAUAGGGACAAUGUUACGAUAGAUAUGUCGGAUGGAGCAGUUAAAACUAAAAGGAAGUGUUCGAACUGUUAUUCUGCUGACCACAAUCGAAGAACAUGCCCUCAGCUGGUCGGUCUACCGCUUCCUCACAGUCAACAACCCUCACCAAGUAAGAGAGCUUAG